CAGAAAGACCCUGAUCCUAUUUUUGAUAUGGGUUCCAGGCCCUUUUGUUUCAGUCUGCAGCUCGGGCCUUCUAGCGUCCUCCAUUUUCUCUUAAACCAAAUCCCAAUCCCGAUCGACAGCAGCCGAGCCUUUUCUCAUCUCUCCUCGAUCUCCUUGAACUUCAAGCCGUCCCUUUUCCCUUCCAUUCCCGAUAAGCCGUCCCUUUUCCCUUCCAUUCCAGAGUUGCUAUUCUCAUCCCAGGACCCAAACCAUCACUCGAUGGCUAUAUGCAGUACCGAUUCUGGAUCUCCCAUCCCCCCCUCCUCCCCAACCCACUGCCAACCCCAGAACCAUUUUUCAACCCUGCAGAAUUCCUAUUCUCCCUCACACUCAUCACCUUCAAUCCUUUCCCUUUCUCAACCAACCUCCAGCCCACCCCUAUCAGCCCCAGAAACCCCCAGCCCUUACUUGGAUAUUGUGCCUGAUUUACCCUCACCUUCUUGCGUGCCAGACAGCCAAGCCAUGGAAUGGCGGGAGAAUGAGUUCCCUUUUGAUGCGGAGACUUUGGUCAAUAGAAGCCGUGAAGUCGCGAAUUUGAUAAAUUUGGAUCACGAUGACGGACAAGUGCAAAGAGACAUGAUUGUUGAAAGGAAGGCCAGGCUUAUGCACCAGAGGAAGGUGCGUCCCCGCAGGACAAAAUUGGAAAUGGAGCAUCGAAGGUUGGGAAUUGUGGAGAUUCCCAUUAGUGGAACUCGAAGAUCUAAACACAGGGACGAGGGUGUUGAUCUAUCUAUGGUAUAAUGAAUCCUUCUUUAAUUGUGUGGAACGUUAGGGGUCUUGGAGAUUUCGGCAAGAGAGGGAGGGUUAAAAGACUUCUAGCAAGGCGGAAAGCAAGCAUUGUGGGUCUUGUUGAAACGAAAUGGAACCAGUGUAGUGAUGAGCUCAUAGCAGGGGUUAGUGGAAGCAGGGACAGCGGAUGGGCGGCUGUGAAUGCUGUCUGCAAUGCAGGGGGGAUCGCAAUUUACUGGGACAAAAACUGCUUUCGGAGUGUUUCGUCUAGAGUUGGGGCUUACUAUCUUCAGGUUGAUUUUCAGGAAGAGUGUUCUCAGAAACUGUGGUCGCUUGCUGUGGUCUACGGCCCCCAAGAUAGAGAGGAGAAGCUGGCAUUUAUCAGGGAGAUCGACGAUUUAUGCUCAGGUACUGAAAUCCCACUAUGCAUUGCUGGGGACUUCAACCUGGUUCGGUCUCACGAGGACUACAGAGGUGCUCGAAGGAAUACUACUUUGAUGGACGAGUUCAAUGAGUGCAUUAAUAUCAACGGCCUUCUCGAAAUCCCCCUCAGCGGCAGCCUCUUCACUUGGUGUAGAGGUGAUGGUUCUGAUUCUUUUUCUCGCAUUGACAGGGCGUUUAUUAAUCAGGGGUUCGACCAACUAUAUCAGAACUGUAGCAUGAUGGCACUUGAGCGGGUUGAAUCCGAUCAUAACCCUCUACUGAUCAAGUUGGGGGCUCAGGAUAGGAUUAGAAGGCCCUGGAAAUUUGAGAAUAUGUGGCUGCAAGAUGAGAGAUUUUUUAGGGAUCUGGAGACGUGGAUGAGGUCAGAUGUUGAAGGAUUUGGGGCUGCUUUUCGGUGGAGUCAAAGACUGCAGAAUCUGAAGGGCCUUAUUAAGGUUUGGAACAAAGAGGUAUUUGGUAAUAUCAAUACUCGGAUUGAGAUGGUGCUGUCCAAGAUUAAUGAACUUGACUUGGCCGGGCAAGCAAGACCUUUAAGUGGUGGCGAAAUUAAUGACAUUAAUGGGCUUAAGAUAGACUUAAGCAGACUUCUUUCAUUACAAGAAAUCUUGUGGAGACAGAAAGUGAAAGAGCAGUGGCUGAAAUUGGGUGAUGACAACUCGAGAUAUUUCCAUGUGGUGGCAAACAACAAGAGAAGGUUUAAUAUGAUCGAGUGCAUCAACAUCCAAGGGGUAAGGUUCGAAGGAAGAGCAGAUGUGGCGAAAGGGGUUGUUGAUUUCUACACCUCUUUCUUCAGGGAAUCUGUUGUUAGGAGACCCUUCCCUAGGAACCUUGAACUUGCUAAGCUGAAUGAGUCGGAGGCUGCUUCACUCAUGCAAGUCUUCUCCGAAGCUGAGAUUUGGACGAGCCUUAGAGACAGUGAUGGGUGGAAAGCUCCGGGACCCGAUGGCUUUUCAUGGGACUUCUAUAAAAGGUGUUGGCCUCUGAUUCGGGGGGAGGUUCUGAAUGCUUUGUCCGAAUUCCACGAGACGGGGACUCUCCCCAAGCGUAUCACUCACUCUUUCCUGUGUCUUGUUCCCAAGAGGGAUGCGGUUGAAGAUAUUAAGGACUUGAGGCCGAUCAGUUUGAUGGGAAGCUUGAACAAACUCAUCAGCAAAAUUUUGGCUCGCAGGCUUAGUCUGGUUCUCCCGAAGUUGGUCUCCUCUUUCCAGCAGGCCUCGGUUCGUGGCAGGCAGAUCUCGGAGGCAGCGCUGAUUGGCUUUGAACUCUUAGACAGCAGGAGGAAAAGUCGCAGGCCCGGGUUAAUUUUUAAGCUCGAUAUCGAGAGGGCCUUUGAUUGUGUGAGUUGGGGAUGCCUUUUCAGGACUCUUGCUGCUGUGGGCUUUCCCAGAAAAUGGUGUGAUUGGAUUAGAGGGACCAUGUGCUCUCCGGUCAUUUCGACCAUCAUCAACGGGGAGGCUAAAGGUUUUUUCAACACAGGGAAGGGCCUUCGUCAGGGAGAUCCACUCUCCCCUGGGUUGUUCACGCUUAUCAUGGAGUUGCUGUCCAGUAUGUUGUCUAAACUCAGAGAUGAAGGUAAAAUCAGAGGGUUCUUCAUGAACGAUCUUGGUAGGGAAGGGGAAGUCACUCACCUGCUGUUCGCUGACGACACGUUGAUUUUUUGCGAAGCUUCCGUGGAUCAAGUUCUAUAUAUUCUUUCCGCGCUGGUCUGUUUUCAAGCAGUUUCGGGGCUAAAGAUCAAUCUCGAAAAAUCGAUGAUGAUUGCGGUGGGCGAUGUCCCAAAUCCGGAGUUCUUUGCUGCUGUGUUUGGGUGUAAUUGGACCAGGGAUGCCGUGAGAUAUCUAGGGUAUCCGCUCGGGGCCAAAGUUAAUUCUGCUACUAUUUGGGAGCCGAUUAUUGAGAAGAUGGAGAGACGGCUUGCGGGUUGGAAAGGGCGCCUCCUCUCGCUUGGGGGCAGGCUUGUUCUUAACAGUGCGGUUUUGAAUAGUCAGCCGACAUACUUUUUCUCGCUCUUUAAAGCUCCUAGAGGUGCUAUUCAGAAAAUGGAGAAGAUUCAGAGAAGAUUCAUUUGGGGAGGCACGGGAGAGGAUCGGAAGAUGCCGCUUGUCAACUGGGAUCUUUGCAAAGCUUCGAAAGACAAUGGUGGGUUGGCCAUAAAGGAUCUAUACUGUGUUAACAAAGCUCUCUUAAUCAAGUGGUUGUGGAAAUAUGCCACCGAUCGGGGCAGCUGGUGGAGAGAGCUUAUCUCAAUUAAAUACCCUGCUGAUUCUGAGUGGCAAAGCAAAAGAUGUAGAAGUGGAUUUGGGGAAUCUGUGUGGGCUAAUAUAACGAAAGAAUAUGAUGAGUUCUGGAAGGUGUGCCACAUCGAUCCUGGUAGUGGGGAAUGGGUUUCUUUUUGGAAGGACUGUUGGAUCCCAAAUCAUGUCUUGGCGGAUUCUUUUCCAAGAGUUGCUGCCGUCGCUACCGAUCCUGACGCCCGGGUGUCGGACCUCGCCAACAAUACAGGCGUGAGAAGCUUUCCGGACAGGUCGGUGUGGCGGAAGUUUGUCCCACACAAAAUCAGGGCGUUCAUGUGGCUGGUCGCGCACAAGAAGAUCCUCACGCUGGAUAACCUACAGAGAAGAGGCUGGUUGCUGGCCAACCGGUGCUACAUGUGCCACAGUGCGGAGGAGAGCAUUAAUCACUUGUUGAUUGAGUGUGAUUUCGCCAAGCAAGUUUGGAGGGGGUUCGGCAGAGUGUGCUCCAUUCUUGCCCCGCCGACAGGUGACAUUCUUAUGGCCAUUCAAAGAUGGAGCAGCGACCUUCCUGAUAACCUUGUUGGAUGGAUUGGCUUUUGCGCUCUUCAUGUGAUUAGCUGGCAGGUGUGGCUCGAAAGAAACAGUCGUGUUUUUAGAGACAGAUGCCUUGGUGUUGCUGAUGUUCUUAAGAAAGCCCUUCUGCUCAUUGUUGACAACCUGAUCGCUCACGGAAAGAUAAGCAGGGAGGAGGGCAUGGGAUGGAUGUUGGAUGUGCGUCGCAGCUUGGAUCCCUCCUACGGCUUCGCUUUGAUGCAGUGACGCGUGUUGGGUGGAUCGGGAUGGAUUGUUUUGGUUGGAGCUGUGCUGUUUAAUCAGCUUGAUUGUUCUGUUCUUUUGUUUUAUCUGUUGUUCGUUACCUUGUUCAUUGUGGCUGGUUUUGGGCUUCCACUGCAGCGCUGUUGGUUU